AUGACACGGGAACCUUGUUAUAACAGCGAAGAGGCGCUUAGGAAGAACCGUUAUUUAGAUCGAUUUAUAAAGGAUAAGGCGCCCGAUGUGCUCCUCUGUCUGGGCUCAAAUCCCGCAAGCAGGGUUGCUUCUGUUAAUUUUGUCUCCGGUUCUGGCGUUAAAGACCUUGGAGCCGAGCCCUUCAGCGUCUCGAUCAGGACGAGUUCCCAUUGAAGGAUGGGUCGAUGUCAGACUCAACCAUUUCAACGCAGCGAAUACUGCUACGUUUCCCAUGCGUUACUACUACAACAAUGAAUUCGCGUCCGAGAACAUUGUUAUCUUCGUCGGGGGUGAGUGGGCGAUCUCCCCGGGGUGGGUGAGGUCCGGUCUUGCUUACGAACUAGCGGAGGCCACGAGAGCUGGACUCUUCUACACCGAGCAUCGAUAUUAUGGACUCACCAGACCAACUGAAGAUACGGGGCUGGAGUUCCUGCGCUUCUUGACCGUGGACCAGGCCUUGGCGGACCUGGCGCAGUUCAUACAGUACGUCAAGAGCGACGCCUUCGAAGCAGGACAAUUCAGGCAGGCGAAAGUGGCUUUGGUUGGGUGUUCGUAUGCGGGCAGCAUGGCGACUUGGAUGCGACUGGCUUAUCCUCAUCUAGUGGACGCAGUCUUCUCUGAUAGUGGACCGCUACAUGCUCAAGAAGACUUUCCAGAAUAUCUGGAGGUUAUUACAGAGGCCAUCAAGGUACAAGGCGGACAAAAUUGCUUAUCCAGCAUAGAAGAAGCGGUGCAACAACUGACAUUGUUAUUGACCACGAGCGAAGGACCGGGACAAGCGUCGCAAAUGUUCAAGACAUGUUCGCCAAUCAACGCGCGCUCUACUCUAGACCUAGCAACAUUUUUCUGGUAUGGAAUUACGGAAACGUUUGCAUAUUUGGUACAGUAUGCGGUACCAGGCGACAUACCAAACGCUUGCAGCGUAAUUACAAACACUAGUGUCGCUAAUCCGGUGCAGCGUUUGGCUAAUUGGAUAACCGCACAGAGCUGGACACAGCCAUGUAUCGAGACAAGAUACAGUGAGGUUGUCGCUACACACAGAAACACUAGUUAUACCUCAGAGAAGACCACAAUGCGUCUCUGGACGUACCAAACGUGCGUGGAGUUCGGUUGGUACCAGACGACGACAAGCACGCGCCAGCCCUUCCUGACUACAAUACCUCUCGAAUACUUCCACCAAAUGUGCAGAGAUUUCUUCGCUUUGAACAUCAAUGAGAACCUUCUACGCGCAGGAAUUGAAAGGACCAACUUGAUGUUCGGAGGUUUGUCGCGACUUCCGGAUAAAGUAGUCACCGUGAUGGGGAGCCACGACCCCUGGAGUCCUAUGGGACCUAACGUAGACCAUCAGCACCAUUUAGCGCCCGUGUUUGUUGUACCUCAAAUCUCCCACUGCAGAGCUAUCAGGCCGACGGGAGACAGCGAGACCGAGGAGUUAGAGCGCACGAAGGUCGCAGUGCUGCAGAGGAUGCAGAGCUUUGUGACCGGCAUAGACAGCGGCGCGAGCGAACUGCGUGCGGUCGCUUCUAUGGUCAUUGUGAUCUCGGUUCUGGCAUUUAUAUAAAAUAAAUGUGUUGAGGUGAUAA